AUGCGGCCGGCCAACGUCGUCUGUUCAGAGUCACGCACGCGUCGCCGUGCCAUUAUCACGCGCUUCAACUCGUCGCCAAAACCGCCAACGUCGUCGCUGGCGACGACACCCGCGACCACGGAGGAAUCGCUUGUCGAUGAAAGUACACCACCGGCGACGACCACGCACAACUCUCCAGAUGACAGCUCUGCAGUGUCCAUCACGGCUCCGCGACCCGGGGCACUCUAUUCAGGUACCCUUGGAUCGAUACAGUUCACGGUGCUAUACAAUCAAGAGGAGAAGAAGCUCACUGUGCAUUUGAUCAGAGCAAAGAAUCUGAAAGCGAUGGACAGCAACGGCUUCUCGGAUCCGUACGUCAAGUUACAUCUGUUACCAGGCAACGCGAAAGCAACAAAAUUGACGUCAAGAACGAUAGAAAAAACGCUGAACCCUGAAUGGAACGAGGAACUUCACUAUUAUGGAAUUACUGAGGCUGACAAACAGAAAAAGACACUGCGAAUUACCGUAUUGGAUCGUGAUCGUAUUGGUUCGGAUUUUCUUGGUGAGACUCGAAUUGCCUUGAGGAAACUGCCGGUGAACACGCUGAAGAAGUUUAAUCUAUAUCUCGAGCACGCCAUUCCGAUUCAGCAACCUCGUCAAGAAAACGAAGCGAUACGCGGAAAAAUCCUCCUUGCGCUACAGUACAAUAUUCAGCAAGGCUCGUUAUUCGUGACUAUUAAACGAUGCGCAGAAUUGGUAGGGAUGGAUUCCACAGGAUUCUCGGACCCUUACUGUAAAGUUUCGCUUACACCUGUCACUUCUAAAGCCCAUCGACAGCGAACCUCGAUCAAGAAGAGGACCCUCAAUCCGGAAUUCAACGAGACAAUCACGUUCAUCGUUCCCUUCAAGGACUUGCCUAAGAAAACUCUACAGAUCGGUGUUUACGACCAUGACCUUGGGAAACAUGACGACUAUAUCGGAGGAAUUGUCUUGUCGACAGCAGCCAAGGACGAACGAGGCAAGCAGUGGAGCAGCUGUAUCGAGAAUCCUGGCCAGACGUUCGAAUCGUGGCAUCAACUCGAACUCGACAGUUAG